AUGGUUCAAUCGGGCCACGGUCCGCUUGGUGGUCACAUGGCACAACAUCCACACCCACAACCACCACUGGAGUCCAGUGGUAAUGAUAUCAAUUUUGUCGUGGGUUUGAGUGAAAACUUGUUGGGUGAAUGUAGAAGGUUAGCAGUUGAGAAUCAAACGUUGAAGAAUAAGCUUAAGCAAAGCUCUGAAGAGAUCCAGACCUUCAAAGAUGAAAUAUUCAAGCACAAAAACUCCAGAGAAUUACAAUUGAAUUCGGGCGUGGUUCUACAGGAUAAAAAUUGGGAAUUGGAAUCCAAUGUUGCAUCUCUUAAUGACCAACUAUCGGACCUAAGUUCCAAUAAGGAUAAACUCCUAAAGUUUACGGAGGAACAGAAGCAAUUGGUGGCUAAACUUCAAAAGGAUAAUGAUGAUCUUAUUGUCAAGAACCAAUCGCUAACCAGAACGUACGAUACCUUGAAAUUAACCUAUAACAAAGAUGUUAAUGAAUUGAAUAAUAAAGUGGAAGAGUUGAAUGAUGAAAACGAUCAACUUGUGAAAAAACUACAAGCAAAAUUGGAAGAGAAUGACCAUCAAAAGGAUAAGAACACCAACACCAAUGGCAACAAUAAUAAUAAAGUGGGUUUAUCUUCUUAUCUACUUGAUUCCGAUGAUGAUGAUGGUGAAAAUGAAAUAGAUUUUGAUAGCAUUUUGAUUGAAGCUAAACCAAAGGAUUUACCUCCUCAAGACCCAAGUAACCCAGCAUUGGAAGCAGAAACCUUAAGAGCUUCUUUGACCCAUUCAAAUGUCACUAUUGCCAAAUUAAGAUCAGCAUUACUCAAAGCAAAACGUGAGGAACUUAAUCAAAGACAACAACAACAUGGCCAAGUCCAGGCAGAACUGCUGCCUAUGAAGGUAAUGAAACAACCUAAAAAACCAUCGAGACCAAAGAGUGAAUUACUGCUUUCUCCAUCUAAAAGAACCUCUAAAAUUAUUCUCAUAGGUGAUCCCAACGACGAAAACGAUCUCUCUCCAGGAGAAGAAAGCACUUGGGAAGACUUUAUUGGAGAAGAAGUACUGAGUUCACCUGUCAAGAAACAACAACAUCAACAGUCAUCUACAGCCAAUGAUAGCGUCAUCAAGAACGAUAACCUCCAAUCCAUUCCUAUUUUAAUGGAUUCUGAAUCUGAUUCCGAUGAAGAUGUAAGUCAGUCACAAGAUUUACUCUCUAGAGAAUUGCUCAAUGUUUCUCCUCAGAAACAAGCGGAAGAUUAUGCUUCUGCCAAUGGGUUGAAGUUGAUUCCAUUAGAAAGAUAUGAGAGACUCAUUCAGAGUGAUAUCACCGACUUUUCAGACGAUAAAAUCAUAAAGUUGAUCGAAGACAAGAGCUACGUGGUGUUAAAGAAGAGUGAAUAUGAUUCUUUACGUGAUGAAGAAGAAAUGAGGAAGAAAUUGCAUUCAAAGGAAUUAAUUACUAUUCCUACUAGUGAGUUUGACGUCUUAAAGGGAGUUAAAAACUCAUAUGAAUCUCCAACCAUUGAUUAUUUGAAAGCAAAGGCAGCAGCAAGUGGAUUUGAUAUUGUAGAUAAAGAAAAAUUGGAUUCCCUAGUCAAGAUAUCUUCAACUUAUGAUUCCCCCACUGAAGAAUACCUUAUAGACAAAUGUAGUAACCUCCAACUACAUGCUAUUAGGGAUGAAGAAUACAAGAGAUUACAAAAGGCAGUGGUUGAUUAUGAAAACCCAAGCACUAAUUAUCUUACCACCAAGGCCAACGAAUUAGGCUUUAUUUUAUCAUCUUCAAAACUAUAUGAUGAUUUGGUUAAAAGAGCAAACGAUCCCUCUGUUGAACAAAUAAAGGAAAGUUCUUCUAAUCAUGGGUUAAUGGUUGUUUCAAAGAAGGAAUAUGAUAAUUUGAAUGUUUUAGCACAUCAGCCAGACAUUGAACAUAUUAAAUCAAAGGCUAAGGAGUUGAAUUUGGUCACUGUACCCGAGUCAGAGCAUUCCUUACUUAAAAGUAAAGCUCAUAGCCCCACGGUCGAUCAUGUCAAGAAGAUGGCUACUAACUUGGGUCUUACCACAUUAUCACAAGAUGAGCAUACAGAGUUGAAAGAAUUAGCAUACAAUCCUUCGUUAUCUCAUGUCAAGGAGAAUUUGGAAAAACAUGAUCUCAUAACAUUAUCAAAACCAGAAUACACUGACUUGUUGAAAUCAGCCAGUGAUCCGGAAAUGGAUGUGGUUCUCCAUAAAGCCACUACCAGGGGCUAUAAACUCUUGAAGAAGGAAGAGUGGGAAUCCUUAGAGAAAUUGGCACAUGAUCCAAAUGAAGAGCAUCUUCACAAUAAGGCAAAAUUAAUUAAUAAGACUUUAGUUGAUGAGAAGGAAUAUUCACACUUGCAAUCAUUGGUUACCGCUCCUCCGGUGGCUUAUUUGGCUGAUAAAGCUAAAGCAUUGAACAAAACACUUGUUUCAGUGGAAGAAUUGCAAUCGAUAAAGUCAUUGGCUCAUGAACCAGCUUUGGACCAUAUCCAACAGAAGCUGCGUGCAUUGGACCAUGUUGUCAUAAGCAAUAAUGAACAUGCACAACUUUUAAAGCUUGCUAACGAGCCAGGCAUUGAACAUUUAACCUCCAAGGCCAAAGAGAUCAACUAUAAUUUAUUACUGAAUGAAGAAUUGGCAACCGUUGAGGAAACAGCUGCUAAGAGCCCAACGUUUGAAGUGGCUAAAUCUGUGGUAGAAUCUUCUGGAUAUGAAACUGUAAACGUUGAAGAAUUGAAUAAAUUGAAACGUUUGGCUGCGGAACCAGAUAUUGAAUUCAUCACUAGUAAAGCUGAGUCUUUAGGCUUCUCUACUAUUGAAACUGACCAAUUGAAGAAGUUGGAAUCAUUAGCACAUAAGCCGGACUGGGACCAUUUGACUCAAAAGGCUUUGGAUCAUAAGUCAUACAUCGUCCCCAUCCCUGAUUUUGAAUUGUUGAAAAAGAACAGUGAUAAUCCAGAUUUAGACCAUGUUAACGAGAAAGCUCAAUGUUUGGGCUAUGAAACUGUAAAGAAAGCAGAUUGGGUAUCGACUAACAAACUUGCCCAUGAGCCUUCAAUAGAGCAUAUCACCGAGAAGGCCAAACAAUUGAAUUUGGUGGCUCUUCCUGAGACUGACCAUAAAGAUUUGGUUAAGUUAGCACAUGAUCCACACGAUGGUCAUGUCAAACUGCAUGCUGAAAGACUUGGUUUUGUUGCCUUGCCAGAGUCAGAGCAUAAGGACUUGGUUUCUAAGUUGGAAUCACCUUCAAAAGAGUACAUUAAACUGAAAGCAUCCAGGUUUGGGUUGGCUAUAAUUGAAGAAAAAGAAUUAGAGGUGCUCAAGAAUCAAGUUGAAGCUCCUAAUUUGGAAUACUUAACCUCUAAAGCCAAUUCAAUGGGCUACGCUACUGUUCAGAUUAAGGAGUUGGAAGAAUUGAAGGAACCAAUUGAAACGAAGGCACAGAAGUUGGGUUAUGUUGCAGUUCCAUCCGAUAAAUAUGCAUCAUUGGUAGACCCGCCUAAAGCUGCUGUUAUAAAGAGUGCUACAAAGCUUGGGUUGACAGUUGUACCAAUAGAAGCCUAUAAAGAGCUCAAACAAGUUUCUGAAUCACCAUCUAAGGAAUUCAUAUUGGCUAAUGCCAAAAAUCAUGGGUUGGUUCCAGUAUCAACUGAGGAAUAUAAUGAUUUGUUGGUUAAAGCCAAUGAACCAAGCAAAGACCAUAUUAUGGCUAAGGCUAGUAAUGCUGGAUUGGUGGUAUUGAGUGCUCUUCAACAUGAUAAGGUUAAGAAGCAACUUGAAGAACCUUCUAAAGAAUAUUUGACGAAGCAUGCUAGUAGUUAUGGAGAGACAUUGGUCCCCAAGGCCGAGUUAGAGUCUUUGAAGAAGAACAUCGCCACUCCUUCUUUGGAAUACUUGAAAUCCAAAGCUGAAACCGAUUUUGAUUCUCUUAUUGUUGCUAAGGAGGAUUACCACAGCUUACAACUGAAGAUCAAGAACCCUAGCAAGGAGUUCUUGGAUUCCAAAUGUCAAUUGCUAGGAUUUAAGUUGAUUCCUGCUACUGAAUAUCUAACUAUGACAAGACAAUUGGAACGGCCAAGUGUUGAAGAAUUGGAUUUGAAGGCCCAGACUCUUGGAUAUCUGUUGAUACUGAUUCCAGAGAAGGAAGACUUAAUGGCCAAAUUGGAGAGUCCAAGUUUGGAGUAUUUGAAGCUGAAGGCAUCAGAUUCGGAUUAUAUUUUGGUGAAUAAAGAAGAUUAUAACAUGUUGACUAAUUUGGUCUCAUCUCCAUCUUUAGAGCACAUUGAAGAGAAGGCAAUGUUAGCUGGUUUGGUUGUGGUUCCUAAAGCCAAUUACGAAUCGAUUAAACAAAAGGCAACGGAACCUUCUAUGGAACAGCUUCAACAAUUUGCUUAUGGUGCCAACCAUCAAUUGGUGCCCAAAGAUGAAUAUGAGAACCUUUUGCAAUCAUUAAGGAAACCAGAAUUUGAUUAUCUUCAUAAGCAUGCCGAUUUACAGGGCUUUACAUUGAUCAAGACUGAAGACAAGGCUGAAAUGGAAAGAAAGAUCAACAGUCCAUCAUUGGAUACUUUAAAGCAGAAAGCUGCUAAUAUUUACCAUUAUAGUAUGAUUCCUAGCUCUGAGUUGGAAGAGUUGAAGCUGACUAUUGAGUCGCCUUCAUUAGAGUUUAUCACCAAGAAUGCUACAGCUAAUGGCAAGGUUAUUGUACCCAAAGAAACCUAUGAAGAAAUGCAAACCAAGAUCCAAUCGCCUACUAAGGAAUAUUUAAUGGAUACAGCCAAAUUACAGAACUUAGUGGUGAUUUCUGAGUCGCAGUACGAAUCCUUAAUGGAUCCUUCUACGGAUACCAUUGUUGAUUUGGCUUCUAAGGCUGGGUUAAUUGCUAUUUCCAAGGGAGAUUAUGAAGUAAUGCAAUCCAAAUUACUUCAUCCAGCUGUAAGCUUUUUGCAAGAAAAAUCACAAGCUCAAGGUUACUCAUUAAUCAAGUCUACUGAGUUGACUGAAUUAAAGGAUAACAUUGAGAAGCCUUCAUUGGAUUAUUUGGUUGAAAAGUCCAAUAAUGGUCAUGGUUCUACGGUCAUUAGUAAUGAAGAAUACUCCGAAUUGAAAGCAUUGGCUACUACACCUGAUCAUCAUCACAUCUCCAAGGUUGCAGCAUUAAUUGGAUCGACUGUAUUAACCACUAAGGCUUACGAACAGUUAACACAACAAGCACAUGCUCCAACAGUUCAACAGUUAACAGAGAAAGCACUUGAAAAUGACCAUAUGGUGAUAUCCAAAGCACAGCAUGACGAACUUGUAGCUAAGGCAGACCGCAGUUUACAGGACCAUGCUAAGGAAACCCAUAUGGUUGUCAUUGAGCCUCUGGACUUGGAUACUUUAAGGAGAGAAGCAAGUAUCCUGCUUGAAGAGAGAGCUAAGCUGGCACUGUUGCAUUUGGUACCUGAAAAGGACUAUCAAGCAUUUGUCAACGCUGAUGGAAAUUAUAUCAGAGAGAAGGCUGAGCAAUUAGGUUUAGUAGUUGUUCCAAACGAAGAAUUUGGUCAAUUACAAGAGCAAGCAGCUGAAACUCUUGAACAAAGGGCCAAGAAGGUCAACAUGAUAUUGUUACCACAAGAUGAAUACACCGAAAUCAUCAAGAAGUCCGAGGCACCUCCCACUAUGGAUACGGUGAAGGCUGUUGCAGCGGCCAGUGGGUUAACGGUAGUUAGUUUGGCCUUGUUCAAUGAACUCAAAUCUAAGGCUGAAGAACCACUUGAAACCAGGGCCACUACCUCCAACAUGAAGGUGAUUCCGAUCCCAAUGUUCACCAAGCUUCAAACACAAGCUUCACUGCCUUCAUUGGACUUUUUGAAGCUGAAGGCUGGUUCAUUUGAUCAUCAAGUCGUUGCUAUUAGUUAUUUGAAGGAUUUGGAACAAAGGGCUGAAGAAACUUUGGAACACAAGGCAUCUCGGGCAAACAUGCAGAUCCUCCCUAUAAGCGAGUACGAUAAGUUAACAACGCCACCAACGUUAGAUGACGUAGCUGAUAGGGCGGCCUCAAUGAACCAUGCGGUAUUGCCUAUUACGGAAGUUGCCCUGUUACAGCAGCAAGCAGCCGAUUUGAAACAACAACUUGAAUUGGCCAAUGAAAAACAUGAAAGGGCUAUACAAGAGGCUGUGAACAAUCCUCCUAGUGAGGAAGCAGUUAGCCGGAGUUUGCGUAGUGGUGGUAAGAUUGCUGUUGAGGAAGGUGAUUAUCAGGCAUUAGUCACCAGAGCAUCUGAACUGUUGGAAGAAAAAGCUGCACAUUCUGGAGUGAAACUUGUUAAAGUUGAAGAGUAUGACGACUUAUUAAUCAGAGCAAACAAACCAUCUAUUGAUACUAUUAAAGCCAACGCGUCACUCAACGGCUUAAUGGUGUUGUCUGAGACCGAAUACACCAAGUUGAAGAGUGCAGCAGAUGAACAAAAGGCCAAUAAUCAGAAUGGACUUAUUACUGUUGAUAAGGCUUCAUAUGAUGAGUUGGUUCAGAGUGUUGAAUCACCUCUGUAUGAUUACAUUAACACCAAGGCCAAUGAUGUUGGGUUAAGAGUGCUUAGGAAUGAAGAGUUUAUUAAGUUGGAAGAGGCUGCUAGUGAAGACUUGGAGACCAAGGCCAGUGCUCAAGGUUUGAAAGUAUUGGAACUUGAUGCUUAUAAUAGAUUGGUUCAACGGUAUAAGGGACUUACAGCCUUUGCACCUGAAGGUUUAUCUGAACAAGAUCAAUUGAUGAAGUUGAAGUCAGAUUUGACAGCCAAUGGGUAUUAUGUUUAUCUGAAGGAUGAAAUCAACAAGGUAUGGGAAGAAAUUGAUAAUGAUAGAUUGCAACAUAUUGCCAAUGAUAGAGGGUUAAUGUUAACUACUGCUGAGCAUCAACAAGAGGAAAGAGGACUUGGAAUAGAAGCUAUAGCUGCUGCGGCAGCUGGAGCAGCAGCUGGAGCAACCAUUACUUCGCCUACUACUCGUAAGUCUAUGCUGUUUGUUCCGGAAGAUGAGUUGCUUCGGUUGAAACAAGAGUUGGUGGCUAAAGAAGCAAAGAUCUUGGAAUUGAAUGAAAGUGGUAAUGGGUACGUUACCAAAGAGGAUAUCUUGAGUAAAUCCGCCGAACUUGACUUGGUUACGUUGGAGAAGGAUGAGUAUCAAGUCUUAAAGGAGAAUGCCCGGAACCCCAUAACUUCAAAGGAAGACGUGGAGUUACAAGCAAAGAGAUUGGGAUUAUCUGUUAUUACUGAAGAAGAGUUGAACAACUUACAGGGCAUCAAUAAGGUUGUUAAUGAUAAGCAGAGAUUGACUGAUUUUGCCCGUAAUUUAGGACUUUUGGUGAUCCCAGAAGGAGCAUUCAUAGCCACGACGCUUUCUAGAACCCCGGAUGUCAAUAACGUUACUGUGGUCCCCACUACAUACUAUAACAAGUUGACUCGGAACGAGAACUUGUCGAUUGAAAAGGUCUCAGACGAUGUGUUCAAGGUUUAUGCUGAGAAGAAGGGAUAUAAGCAUGUUGAUGAUGUCAAGAGACUUCAACCUCCCAUGGGUCAUAGCCAUUCAGAUUUUGAUAUUGAUAGUGAUUCAGAAGAUGAUAAUGGACAGAAUACGCUGCCUAUUGGUGCACCAGCACCAACUACAGGUAUUAAGGUCGCUCCUGCUUCUGCUCCUGUUACUUCCAAUACUGCUGCUCCUACCACAGCCACUACAGCUGGCUCUGGCCCAUCCGCACCUGGUCUUAUCUCCACUAGUGGUCUGGUGCACUCUCAAAUAUCCAACCAUAGUGCUUCAAUGUCUUUGGCUACCAACAUGUCGUUGACAGACAAGUCGAUGAUCCCCGCCAUUACCCAAGUGGUCAUUGGAGAGUAUUUGUUCAAGUACUACAGAAGGUUGGGACCGUUAAGUUCUAUUAGUGAGAACAGACACGAGAGAUAUUUCUGGGUUCAUCCUUACUCACUUACGUUGUAUUGGUCUACAUCCAAUCCUGUUUUGUCUGAUCCUUCGGAGAUUAAGACCCGAGCAUUGGCCAUCCUAAAAGUUGAAUCUGUUGAUGAUAAUAACCCCUUACCCACUGGGUUGUAUCAUAAAAGUAUUGUGGUGCUGUCACGUGCGCGGUCCAUCAAGAUCACGUGUGCUACCAGACAAAGACAUAAUAUAUGGUAUAAUGCGUUAAGGUAUCUUAUUAAUAGAAAUAUUGAUGAGUUAACCUUUGAUACCAGCAUGAGCACUACUGCCUUAGAUCAGAUCCCAUCUGUUGGACAGCAUCAUAGUCAUGGCCAAAGUCCUCAUAGUCAUGGGCAUAGUCAAAGUCCGCACCAACAUAGUACUAACAUUCACAGCCAUGGUCAAGGUCAAGGUCCACACGGCUAUGGACUGAUAUCAAGUGGUAGUCAACAUCACUCGUUACACAGUCAACAUUCAUUAUACGAUAUUGGAGAUCGUCAUGCUUAUCCCCGGAAUAGGAAUGCUAGUGUUCCUAGUCAUAGUUUGAGAAACAGUUUAAGUCUUCAUACGAGGUCUCAAAGGACCCCCCCACUGAGGAGAUAA